GCGGGAAGGGGGGAGGCAGGCGGUGGGGCGGAGCCCCAGGUUGGGGAGGAGCGGGUUUUUCCCGUCUCCCAUGAGGUGAUUCACGGAGAGACCUCAGACUUCGCGGCCCUCUUGCUCCGGCCCUGAGUGGAUACCUCAGGCAGGGCUGCCGGACCCAAGGGGUGCCUUGGCAACGGUUCUGCCGCAUGUGAUGAAAGUGUCGGCUCUCCGGGAAGGCGCAGCCAUGGCUUCCCCACCGCCCCGGGAAAUGCAGGAGGAGCCGGUGUCUGCUGGCUCGGAGCCAGGUGACCCUCGGGCCAAACCCCCCAUCAAGCCCAAACCUCGGGCCCUGCCUGCCAAGCCAGCCCUGCCUGCCAAGCCCAGCCUGCUGGUGCCUGUUGGGCCUCGGCCCCCCCGGGGCCCCCUGGCUGAGCUGCCUUCUGCCCGGAAGAUGAACAUGCUCGCAGGACCCCAGCCCUAUGGUGGCAGCAAGCGUCCCCUUCCCUUUGCACCAAGGCCUACGCCUGAGACCUCUACUGGAGGAGAAGCCACUCGAGAGACUGGGAAAGAGGAGGCCGGGAAAGAAGAGAUGCCACCUUUGACACCCCCAGCUCGAUGUGCUGCCCCAGGAGGCGUGCGGAAGGCCCCUGCCCCCUUCCGUCCGGCCUCAGAGCGCUUUGCAGCCACCACAGUGGAAGAGAUCCUGGCCAAGAUGGAGCAGCCUCGGAAGGAGGUCCCUGCCAGCCCUGAUCGCCUCUGGGGCUCCCGCCUCACCUUUAACCAUGAUGGCAGCUCAAGAUAUGGCCCCAGGACGUAUGGUGUGGCCACCGGUCCCAGGGAUGAGGACAGCGGGACCCUCUCCAGGGGAUGCUCCCAGGAGGUGCCAGCAAAGCCUCCCAGCGAGUGCCAGGAAGAGCAGAGCAAGACCCUUGAGGAGAGGAAUGCCCCUUUGGACCUGGCCUUCAACGGGGACCUGGCUCAGCCAGCCAGCUUGGACCCACCUGCCGAUGUCUCCAAGCCCUGGGGCCCCUCGAGUCCAGGCUCCGCCUCAGAGAAUGGAGGCUCCGCCAGCCCAAGCCUCCCCACUGAAGUCUCAGGCCUAGCCCCAGAGUCUCCCCGACUUCACUCACCUGCUGAGGGGUCUCCCAGACAUCACUCACUUGAUGAGAGCUCUCCCCGCCACUCUCAGCUUCCAGAAGCCCAGAGUCCUGCAGUUUCUGGGCCCUCUCCCUGCCCCCCUGUGACCCCAGCAGCCGCAACUGUAGCCCUGCCCGAUGAGGGUCAGAGCACUGACUGCGCCCCGAGCUUAGGGCUCCCUGCUGUGGAAGCCGCAGAGGCCCCUGCAGCUGGCAGCCCGGCCCUUGAGAAGGUCUCAGGGCACCACAGCCUGGGGCAGCCCCCGGCUACCUCUGCCCAGCCCCUGACUGAGGGGGGUGAGUUGCCGGAUCUUCCUCGGACGUUUCCAUCUGGGGAUGUGGCGGCCAAGGGUGACAUAGAUCUCCGUCCCAUCAGCCUGGCUCAGCGCCGAUUUUCUGAGGGUGUGCUCCGGCCGCCUGGCCAAGACCAGGAGAAGCUGGGGGGCUCGCUGGCUGCCCUGCCCCAAACCCAGGGGAGCCAGUCUGCCUUGGAUCGUCCCUUCGGGAGUGGGACAGAGUCCAACUGGAGCUUGUCACAGUCCUUUGAAUGGACCUUCCCCACUCGGCCUUCGGGUCUUGGGGUGUGGCGGCUAGACUCCCCACCUCCCUCCCCCAUCACUGAAGCCACCGAGGCUGCCGAGGCUGCUGAGGCUGGUGACUGGGCUGCAUCCAGCAGAGAGAAAGGAGUGUCCCAGCAGGGGCGAGAGACCCAGUCGGCUCCAGAGGGGCCAGGAAUUCCUGGUUCCUGGGUGCAGGUGGAUGAUCCAGGCAUCUCCCCAGCCCCGAAGGGUGAUGGCGAGAGUCAACCUCAGUCCCCAGUUGUUCCCCUCAAGCCCUUACCGACACCAGGGGGCCCACCUGGAGUGGCCUUGCUGCAGGCAGAGGAGAGAUAUGAGGAGCGGGAGCCCGUGGCUGGACAGGAGUCCCUGCUCCCUCUGGCCACCAGGGAGGCUGCUCUGCCCAUCCUGGAGCCGGUCCUGGGGCAGCAGCAGCCAGCACCCCCCGACCAGCCCUGCGUCCUCUUUGCUGGCAUCCCUGACCCCCAGCAGGCGUUGCCUGCUGAGGAGGAGGCCAUGACCUUGGCCCAGGCUGAGGCCACCCAACCCAGGACAGAAGCUCAAGAUCCCUGUAGUGCGUCCCCCGAGCCCGCAGGCCCUGAAAGCAGCUCCCGCUGGCUGGAUGACCUCCUGGCCUCGCCACCACCUAGUGCCGGCAGUGCAAGGCGGGGAGCCGGGUCUGAGCUGAAGGAUACGCAGGCCCCAAGUGCCUGCUCCGAGGGACUCCUUGGCUGGGCCCAGAAAGAUCUGCAGAGUGAAUUUGGAAUUACAGCAGACCCCUCUCCCAGCAGUUUUAGUCCUUCCCACUGGUCUCAAGACACUUCUCAGGACUAUGGCCUUGGUGGUACAAGCCCUAGAGGGGACACAGGCCUUGGAGAGGGGGACUGGACCAGCAAGCGUGGGCAAGGAGCUGGGGAAGCGAGUUCCAGGGAUUGGGCCAGCAGGUGUGGCAUCGGCCAGGAGGAGAUCGAGGCUUCCAGCCCGGAUGGGAGUGGAGUGUCUGCCCCAGGGGGGCCCGGGGCCCAGGACUGGGUGAUUGGAAAGCCAGCCCAGCUUGGCACUCAGCAGAGCCAGGAGGCAGAUGUUCAGGACUGGGAGUUCAGGAAGAGGGAUUCCCAGGGCACCUACUCCAGCCGGGAUGCAGAACUCCAAGACCAGGAGUUUGGGAAGAGAGAUUCGCUGGGUACUUACUGCGGUCGGGAUGUAAGCCUUCAAGACUGGGAAUUUGGGAAGAGAGAUUCACUGGGUGCUUAUGCCAGCCGGGAUAUAGACGAGCAGAACCAGAAAUUGGGGAAGAAGGACCACCUGGCAGAUGGGCAGGACGAGGAGUUUGGGAAGAGAGAUUCUGCAGAGCAGCCAGAUCAGGAUUUCGGGAAGAGCGCCUGGAUGAGGGACUAUAGUGGCCGCGGCAGCUCCACAGCCCCUGGCCCCCAGGAUAGAGGCUUCGGAAUGAGAGCCCUGAGCGCUGGCUUCAGCCCUGAGGAAGCCCAACAGCAGGAUGAGGAGUUUGAAAAGAAGGUUCCGAGUGGCAGAGACGGCCCGGGCCAGACCAGCAGGGAUGCAAGCCCGCCCGAAGAGAGAGAAUCAGGGGGCUUGUUCAGCCCCAGCACCCCUCAGUCCCAGGACGGGCCACUGGGACAGAGAGACCAGGGCAGCUGGCACGGUGGCGGGGCUGGCCAGGAUGCUGGAGGGCUGCAGGGGGCGCAGCAGGCAGGGGGCCAGAGCCCGAGCGAUGCUGGCCGGAGUGACAGGGAGGUGGGCCUGCGAGGCUGGGCGGGCGACUUCAGCCUUGGUGUCGUACCCCAGCCGGAGGCUACCUUCAGCCCGGGGCAGCGAGACUGGCGAGGCGACUUCUGCGUGGAGGCUGCCGAGAGGGGCCGUCAGUUUGGCAUCAUCGGUGACGAUCGGGCGGGAGGUGUUGGCCUGAGCCCUUCUGGCCAGAUGGCAGGUGGCCCCUUUGUGCCUCCAGAGAAGACCCCGACCGGGCCUGUGGACUGGACCGACCAGCUGGGCCUCAGGAACUUGGAGGUGUCCGGCUGUGUGGUUUCUGGGGGCGCAAGUGAGGCCAGGGAGGAAGCCGUGGGACACAUGGGCUGGUCAGAUGAGCUGGGCCUGAGAGACGUGGACCUGGCCAGCCGUUUGGAGGCUGGGGGAUCCGAGGAGCCCAGGGGCAUUGGGGUUGGGGAGAAGGACUGGACUUCCGAUGUCAGCCUGAGGAGCAGGGAUCUGGCUGGUGUCGGGGAUGUAGGGGGCCCCAGCCAGGCCAGAGAGAGUGGCGUGGGGCAGACUGACUGGUCAGGUGUGGAGGCCGGAGAGUUCCUUAAAUCUAGGGAGCGUGGGGUGGGACAGGCAGACUGGACCCCAGACCUUGGGCUGAGGAGCAUGGCCCCGGGGGCAGGCUGCAGCCCCAGAGAGCUUGGGGCGGGCCAGGUAGACUGGGGCAGCAGUCUGGGCCUGAAGAAUUUGGAGGUGCCAUGUGACCUAGAGUCUGGAGGUUCUCAGGACUCACGGGGGUGCGGAGUGGGCCGGAUGGACUGGACCCAGGACUUGGGACUCCGGAACGCAGAGCUCUCAGGGGCCCCAAGCGAAGCCAGGGAGCACGGGGUAGGAGAGGUCAGCCAGUGCCUAGAGCUGGGGCUGAGGGACAAUGGUGUCUCGUCCCCGGGCCUGGAGGCCAGAGAGCUGGGACCUGGCGGGACCAGUGGGCCAGAGACCCAGGGUGAAGACCAUUCCCUCCUUUCCCUGGAGAACUGCCCUGAAGAACCCGGGAUGGAGAUGGGAGAAACCCCUGGCUUUGGAACCAGUCCUGGCAGGUGCCCGGCCCGCUCCCCACCCUCUGGCUCCCAGGGCCUGCUGGAGGGGAUGCUGACUGCCAGCAGCUCCAGGGCGGCAGCCCGUAGGGAGUCGGCAGCCUCAGGCCCCAGGGACCCGUUGGAGGAGGAAGGAGCCACAGCAGGUGCCGUCCAAGGGGAGUCCCUGGAGCCUGGUGGGGACCCUCUGCCUUCCUGGAGGCCGCAGCCUGACGGUGAAGCCAGCCAGACAGAAGAGGUGGACGGCACCUGGAGCCCUUCAGGGGUCGGGCAGGGCGAGCAGGGCCUGACGCGGCCCCCUCGGCGGCACCCCCCAGGCCCUCCUCCCCGUUCUCCCAGUCAGGACUUCUCCUUCAUUGAGGACACCGAGGUCCUGGACAGCGCCAUGUACCGGAGCCGUGCCAACCUGGGGCGCAAGCGUGGGCACCGGGCCCCGGCCAUCCGGCCUGGGGGCACCCUGGGCCUGUCAGAGGCGGCAGACUCGGAGGCACGCCUGUUCCAGGACUCCACGGAGCCACGAGCUUCUCGGGUGCCGUCUUCAGACGAGGAGGUGGCAGAGGAGCCACAGAACCGCCGGACACGCAUGUCCUUGGGCACCAAGGGGCUGAAAGUCAACCUCUUUCCUGGCCUGAGUCCGUCAGCCCUGAAGGCCAAGCUGCGCCCCCGGAACCGCUCAGCUGAAGAGGGGGAGCCUGUGGAGAGCAAGCCGAGCCAGAAGGAGUCCGCAGUGCAGCGAUCCAAGUCCUGCAAGGUCCCAGGGCUGGGGAAGCCCCUUGCGUUACCUCCCAAGCCAGAGAAAUCCUCAGGGUCCGAAGGAUCAUCGCCCAACUGGUUACAAGCCCUGAAGCUGAAGAAGAAGAAGGUCUGAGAAGUCAUCGAGGUCCUUCCCAUCUGGCAGUCUCAGGCAGUGCCCAUUCCUGUGGGGUCCCCGGCGAGGAGAUGACUGGAGCCCCACCAUGCCCCAGGCUGCAGCCUCUGUCCCCCUCCACCUCUGAGGAGCGUCUGGGGAGGCACAUUUAUGCACUUUGUAUCCCCUUCCUGACACCGCCCCCCCCCUCCCCAACUGACCAGAUUCAGGCAUUAGUGGUUGAAGGUUUUGGUCCCCCCUUCCCGCCUUGCUCUCGUCACACCUCCCUCUCUGCUUCCUCCUCCAGCCUCCCUUGGGUUUUCUUUUGAUACCAAUUUAUAGCAUUUUUUAUAAAAGCCUUUGAUUUUUGUAAUGGGCGGAGCCCUGCCCCAGCCCCACCCCAGGUCUCCCUCCGUCCUGCCAGGUGCCCCACAGAGACCAAUAACAUUUUGCCACUUGAAACAAUAAAGUUUUUUGGGAAUUGG